GUGCGACAGAUGAUGCAGUUCGCCUGGCAGAGCUACAAGCGCUAUGCGAUGGGGAAAAACGAGCUACGGCCCCUCACGAGAGACGGCUACGAGGGCAACAUGUUCGGAGGCCUCAGCGGGGCAACGGUCAUUGAUUCCCUCGACACCCUCUACCUCAUGGAGCUGAAGGAGGAGUUCCAGGAGGCCAAGGCCUGGGUGGAAGAGAGCUUCCACCUGAACGUGAGUGGAGAAGCAUCCUUGUUCGAAGUGAACAUCCGGUACAUCGGAGGACUUCUCUCGGCCUUCUACCUGACGGGAGAGGAGGUGUUCCGAAUAAAGGCCAUCAAGCUGGGAGAGAAACUCCUGCCGGCCUUCGAUACCCCCACAGGAAUCCCAAAAGGCGUGGUGAACUUCAAAAGCGGCUCCAACAGGAGCUGGGGCUGGGCCAUGGCAGGAAGCAGCAGCAUCCUGGCGGAGUUUGGAUCCCUGCACUUGGAGUUCUUACACCUCACCCAGCUCUCUGGCAACCAGGUCUUCGCAGAAAAGGUCAGGAACAUCCGAAAGGUCCUUAGGGAUAUUGACAAGCCCUUCGGCCUCUACCCCAACUUCCUCAGCCCGGUGAGCGGGAACUGGAUGCAACACCAUGUCUCAGUUGGAGGACUCGGGGACAGUUUUUACGAAUAUUUGAUCAAAUCCUGGCUGAUGUCGGCCAAGACAGAUAUGGAGGCUAAAGAUAUGUACUACGAAGCCUUGGAGGCAAUAGAGACCCACUUGCUGAAUGUCUCUCCCGGGGGGCUGACCUACAUUGCUGAGUGGCGAGGGGGGAUUCUGGACCACAAGAUGGGGCACCUGGCCUGUUUCUCCGGGGGCAUGAUCGCCCUCGGCGCUGAGGAUGCCAAGGAAGAAAAGAGGGCCCACUACCGAGAGCUCGCAGCCCAGAUCACCAAGACGUGCCACGAAUCGUACGCCCGCUCAGAUACCAAACUGGGGCCCGAAGCCUUCUGGUUUAACUCAGGCAGAGAGGCUGUGGCCACGCAGACGAGCGAGAGCUACUACAUCCUGAGGCCCGAGGUGGUGGAGAGUUACAUGUACCUGUGGCGGCAGACCCACGACUCCAUCUACAGGGAGUGGGGCUGGGAGGUGGUGAAGGCCUUGGAGAAAUACUGUCGGACGGAAGCCGGGUUCUCUGGGAUCCAAGACGUAUACAGUAAGGUUCCCGACCACGACAACAAGCAGCAGACUUUCUUUCUAGCGGAGACACUAAAGUAUCUCUAUCUUCUGUUCUCUGAAGAUGACAUGCUCUCGCUGGAAGACUGGGUGUUCAACACGGAGGCCCACCCACUCCCCGUGAGCCACUCGGACAGCUCCGGCGGGGGCGGGGCCUGAAUCCCACCCGUCGCCCUGCGGCUGCGGGACCACCUCUACGGGAUCUGGGGCUGUUCUCAAACGGAUUGGAGACGUGGGCCCCUGCCUGGCGGACCCGGCAGAUGUGCUGGACAAGCAACUUCUUUUCCUCUGUGAGGAUACAGGACUCGGAGACACAGCGAUGUCACACCAGGCCCAGAUGUUCGUUUCCACAGAGAAUUUCUGUGAAACCUGCUCACUUGCCAUUCCAGGGCCAAAGCACCGGAGGUUUGCAUUGCAGCCUUGUGUAUUUGAUUUCCUUCCUUUCGUUUUGGAGGUUUUUUGGUUUUUGCUUGAUUUUGCCUUUUCUCUACAGUUGUGUUUUCUCACAGAUUUUAAAUAUAGUUUUCAAAAUCAUGUGCUUUCAAAAAUGGUGUCCUCCCAAUAAUCUAAACCUUAAAGUGUUUGCACACACACACAAAAAAAAUCUUGACCCCAUUUUCUAUAUUUUGAAUUCCUUUUGCCCAGCGUUUACUAUAUGUUCAAUUAUGUGUCAUUUACCUUAUAAUUUGAGGAGGGGUUCCCCUUUGAUUUGGGCCUAAGUGUUAAGGAAUCACUAGUGCUGUUUUCAGUAUUGUAAUAGAAAAAUCUGUAAAGUUACAAUAAAGGAGUUUAUUGAAUAAGAAA